AUGUCCCAAAAACGCACCCUCGGCUGUGAUCUCACAGACAACAGUCCCGCCGCCAAGAUCGUCCGCCUCGAUACCAGUCCAGAUGCUUUCGCCGAGACCGGUCCAUUCGGCAACACCCAGCCCGGCCAUCCCAGCCACGUUUGUGCCUUACUCGCCUUCCACGACAUCCUCACGAUCUUGGUCUGCAACGAUGCCUUUGUCGCAACCAUCGGCAUUGCGACUCUGGCUCUCCUUCCUCGCCUGGCGCCACAGUACAAGGACAUCCUCUCGCUCGUUUCCGAAGAUGGAAGGCUCUGUGCUGUUCAGUCUCACAUCGAUGGCAGGCCAACGAUACCCAACUCCAAAAGGAUCGACUUCCGCGACGUUCUUAACCAGGCCGAAGAGUUCAUCGAUGCCAACGACUUCCUCCAGGGAGUUUUCUUCUUCCUCACACGCAGGAACGGAUAUCCGACGAGCUUUGAGGCAUAUCAGAAGGAGCUGCCUCUUUGGGAGGCAGCUGCCGGACCAGGAGGCUUCAGUAUCCAUUCUCCUCAGUUGAAUAUCUAA